CUACAUGGUAUCAGCGUCGCACGCAAGUGACGUAGCAGAGAAGGCACGUUUGUAGCACAUGAGGAUAUCUACACUGGGCAACUAAUUCACCUACGAGGUCAGUCUGUAACAUGGCGAAGAAUAAACAAAAAGGGAAAAAACAGAAGAACGUCUUUCAAGUGGCAAACAAGCACGUGAAGCACAAGAACAAAGCAAAACCUGUCACAACAGCACUCAAACACAUCAAUGCAGCAAAAAACGAGAAGGUGGAGAACCUCAAUCAAAUCUUCACACAAGUCCAGAGGGACGUACAGAGUGUUUCAAAGUCUGUCGCUCCUGAAACAAAGAAACAGACACAGGUUGUUAGGGAGCCACCGAAGGAAACUGUAAAUGUCGACAAUGCUGCUCAACUCUUCUCUCAGCUAUAAUGGACUCAAAAAGGAGGACUAUCAUAAACAUGGAUGAGACACAGAGUGAACCACUUCUCUUUCCUCAUGUUCAGUUUUUGAAAUAAAGUCUCAGAGGUGCGACUGGUUUACUUCCAAUGCAUUUUGACAUUUCAUGCCAAAACACAGUCUGCAGAUAAGUCUGAAAUGAGACAAGGUUGCAGUCGUGGCAUGAUAGUAAAACCUUGUGUAUGAUUUAAACAUCCUGUAUAUUCUGGGCAAAGGCCAGAAUGAUGUCAGUUGUAAUAUUGUUUCAGUAAGGUAGGCUAUAUUUUUUAUUUUAUUGAUAAAUAUGUUUUUUAGUAGAAAUGUUUGCUUUCUCUUAAACCUGCAACUUAUUAUUAUUUUCUUUAUUGACUGAUGACUUGUUAUGUCAAUAAAAUAUCAGAAAAUAGUGAAAGAUGCUCAUUGUAAUUUCCCAGAGUACAAACAGACGUCCGGGACCCCAAAACAUUCUCUUAACUGUCAAAUGUAACAAGAAAUAGCAGCAAAAAUCACAUUUUUGCAGAUGGUAGUAGUGAAUAUUUUGCUUGAAAUGUGGCUAUGAUGAUUUAUUAGUUAAUAAAAUAGUUGCCAAGUCAUAUUCUGCUGAUCUAUUAAUCUGUAUUUCCUUUAUCAAAUAGUGCUGAGAUGGAUGCCUUCAUUACCUUGACUCUAUGAAAUUCAUAAAGCUCAUUUUAAUCCUAGAAAUUUCCAAAAGAAUUAUAUAACCAUGUGCACUUUUAUACUGUUUUUCAGUUUUCCUUUGUGAGGUAGUUCAAGGUGUUCACAGCUUUUUUUAUGCUUUUCGUGUCUUUGAUUUAGUGUAAAUGAAGUCACAAAGGAGAUCACUGUGACUGCUGUAUGCAGUGAUCAAAGUAUUUUGCUUCUGAGACUUUUGUUGCCCAUGGUUCUUAUGGAAAUUGUUAAAAUUUCAUGUAGAAAAUGUCAUCACUAAACAAUCAGAAUAUAAAUGAGAAAUUCACAUACAGUACAGUGAGUGUUCUGAUUAAAUAUCUCAUUCUUCACA